AUGCUUCCUAGCCCUAUGACUUCGACGCCUUUCUCGGUUAAGGAUAUCCUGAAAUUGGAACAGCAACAAGUUUUUAACCAGCAGGGAUUUUCGAAUGCUGAGCCAGAUGAGGCGCCGCUGCAAUCUCUUCAGCUCCAGUGCAUGCACAGUGCGCUGAGUCGAAGUCUGGAGUUACUCUACAGCCCGGAGAAGCCUAGCUUCCUUUCUGGGGAACAGGUGAAAUGCGCCCUUAACUCGGAUGACUUCGAUGUCCUGCGUGGUUCGUGCGGGUCCCCGAAGGAAGAAGACAGGGAUCAGAGUUCUCAUUCAGGUGUGUGUGAAUUUGAAGACUCGGCUUGUAAUGGCAAACAGCAAGACACGCAACCAGACAAACCGAAGCAGAGGCUGCGCAGGAAACCGCGCGUGCUCUUCUCCCAAACCCAAGUGUUCGAGCUGGAGCGACGGUUCAAGCAGCAGCGCUACCUCUCCGCGCCGGAGCGCGACCAGCUCGCCACGGUGCUGAAGCUCACGUCAACUCAGGUCAAGAUCUGGUUUCAGAAUCGGAGGUACAAGUGCAAACGCCAGCGCCAGGACAAAACCCUAGAGCUAGCCGGUCACCCGCUGCCACCGCGAAGAGUGGCGGUGCCUGUACUGGUGCGCGACGGGAAACCUUGUGUUGGAGGGUCCAAUGGUGCACCAUACAACGUUACAGUAGCUUCUUAUCCAUACAACAACUACUACAACAGUUAUGGAAAUAACCCGUAUAGCUGUAGCUUUACCGGCAUGCCGUCCUUUGCCAAUACGACGCAAAUACAAAACCACAUAGUUGAUAUGAAUCUAACUAUGGGAGGAGCUGAUGGAUCUCUAGGGCAGCAAGGACCGUUUCAGGCUACAUUACCGGGAAUCCGAGCGUGGUGA